AUGUCCAGCACAAGCAUCAACACAAAGCUCGUCACCGAAAUCACCAACCUUCUCCCGGCAGACCCCAUCCCCACAACCACUCCAACUCCACCCCCAACCCGCAGCACCAGCGCCAGGGGCAGCAGCAGCAGCAACACCAACACCAAACCCAGCAUCCUGCGCCCCACCCCCAAAACCGCCUUCAUCGACCCCCGUACCCCGCCGCCCAAAAUGUACGUCGGAACCUACGGCAGCGGCUUCGUGCAAAGCCCGCGGAACCACCUGCACAUCGGGUCCGGGGUCGUGACGCAGAUCCUGCACUGCGCGAAACUCGUCGAGGUCCGGCCCACGGAUCCGCAGAUGGCCGCGGGGUUUGUCCCUGCGGGGUAUGACCAUUUUCUUAUCCGGGCGAGGGGUCAUCUUUUGGGGGUGGGGGAGGGGUUUUGGGAUGAUGAUUAUGAGGAUGAGUCUGACAUCGAUGAGGAGUUCGAUGAGGAGGGGCGGAAGGAGGGAAAGCAGCGGAGGAAGAAGUCGCCGCAGCCGGGCGAUCUGGCGGCUGGAUACUGGACGAAUGAACACGGGUGCUUUCAGCAUGGGUUCGGGGUGGUUGUCAAGGUGUGGGAGCAUUUCAAGGUGCGGUUUGUCGAUCCCGAGAGGGGGGUUGAUCCGGGCGAGAGGCUCAAGACGGAGUUUCGAAAGGUGAGGUUUGUUCUGCCUGGUGAGGUCAAGGUGAGCUUUGCGCUUCCGGAGGAGGACGAAGACGAGGAGGAGCAGGGGAAGGAAAAGGAGAAGUCGAGAGUGACGAGCAGGGCAAAGAGGAUGGCCUCUCAGGCCCCUAUUGCCCAAUCGCUAUCUCAGGUGCCAGUACUCGUGUCGGACGCGCUGGAGAAGCCCAUCGCCGAUUCCCUUGAAAUCACGCAUUAUCUAGCCCAACGCUAUCCAUCGCUGAUCCCAGCUUCACACAAAAAGGACAUUACAGAUCUUCUUCACGAACUUCACGCACUUAACUACUUCCCUCUAUCAUUUUCAGGCCGCGAACAGGUCGCUGAGGGGUUCAAGCAAUGCGUGUUUAAACGUCUGGCUGGAGAUAUCUCACCUCGUUACCGGGAUGCCUUGACCUUUAAACUUGGCGUGCUUGAGCGUGACAAGGUCGGCGGUCUUAAACCCGGCGUUACUGAGUCCAUGAGCAAGCAAGCCCGUGCCCUGAUGGAAAGAUUCGAGGGCCUGAUAACCAGGCCGUUGGCUCGCGGCGAGGAGACUCCGUCGUGGCUGUUCGCUCUUCCGCAUCUGGCAGCGUUGGAUCACCAUCUCGCCGUGUUCAUCGCUAGAAUGCUGGAUGUGGGGAGAGACGACAUCAUUCCGGACAAACUGCGGAAAUACGCCGCGCUUGUGUGGGAGACAGCCGAAUGGAAAGCGGUCAUGCAGGGGCGGAAGACUAUGAUCAAAAAGUAGAUUAAGACUGCGGCCCAUGCAACAUAUUUUGAUGACCAUGUCCUCCUUCUGUAGUUUAAUCCCUUGCCCGGAGUACUAUCAAAACCUAGAAUGUCUC